AUGGCUUCUACUGACACUAACACUGUCGACGCUACCCCAAUCUCGCCCGUUCGCAGCAAUGAGAGGCGCAACAGCUUAGAGAAGCAUCUGCAGCACCGCCCGGAGGCUCAAGACUUGAAGAACAGGCACAUCCUCUUGGAUACUACUACAGCUCCCGCCCUCCAAGCCAAAGCCCUCGAGCUCGAACGCCAGCGCGCGACCGAUAACCUUAAGAAAGGCCUCAAUACCCGCCCUGAUCGUGACGACCUCAUCCAGCGAAACAUCCUGCCAGCGUCGAACGCUGCACCUGCCCUGCAAGAGAAGCAGAGAGAGCUCGAACACCACAUGAAGGCUGACAGCCUCGAGAAGGGGUUACAGAGUCGGCCCAACCCUGAGGAGCUUAUCAAGAAGGGCAUUCUUGAGGCAGACGAGAACCCGCUGAAAGACGCCUAG